AUGACAAAAGACCUAAAUGUAAACUUAGUUGUGUCGGGGGCCCCGCAACAAACCACACAAGAAGCCUGGUUUGACAUCUCAUCAACAAGCCACGGCUCUGCGGAGGAGCCCUUUGCCUCCACGGCGAAAUUUGAAAUGAAUCAGACAAUCAACGCUGAGUUCUUCCUCCUUGGCUUUCCAAAUCUUCAGAGGGUCAAGACGUUGGUCUUCAUGUUUCUUCUUGUACUUUAUCUCAUAACACUUUCUGGAAAUGUCGUUAUUAUGUGGCUGGUGGCAUCCUGUGGAAGCCUACACUCCCCCAUGUACUUUUUCCUGACGCAACUGUCCCUAGCGGAUAUACUUCUGAUAACAGAUAUCGUCCCAAACGCUCUGUGGAUUAUAUGUAAUAAAGGAAGGACAAUGUCUUUGACAGAGUGUAUUCUUCAGUUUCAUUUUUUUUGCUGGCCUGAAAGUCUAGAGUGCUUCCUUUUGUCUGUGAUGGCUUAUGACAGGUACCUGGCCAUAUGUAGACCACUAAGGUAUCACACUCUAAUGAAUCCUAUGCUUUGCUUGAAAUUGAUUGUGAUAUGUUGGUUUAUAAGCUUUUUUGCAACACUGAUUGAUAUAAUAAACUUAUCUCAACUCCAGUUUUGUGGACCAAGUCGUAUUGACCAUUUUUACUGUGACAUUGUCCCGUUAAUGGAGCUCACAUGUUCAGAUACAUCCUUCUUUCGAAUAGAAAUCCUCCUACUCUGUGUCCCUGUAGCUUUCACCCCUCUCGUAGUUAUCACAGUCUCUUAUGUAUAUAUUGUCCAUGCCGUCCUUAAGAUCACCACCACAAGUGGAAGGAGGAAAGCCUUUUCCACAUGCAGUUCUCACCUCAUCGUGGUGUCCACAUAUUAUGGAUUAAUGAUUGGGAUUUAUAUGCUUCCAGCAAGAGGAAAGUCCUUAAACGUUGGCAAAGUCUUCUCCUUGUUUUACACAGUGGUGACACCAAUGGUCAACCCUAUCAUCUACAGCCUGAGGAAUCAUGAUAUCAGAGAAGCCAUUGAAAAAAAAAUCUACAAAACCAACAUAAGUGACUUAAAGUGA